GUGUGCACAUGUAAAAUCACUUUACAAUACUGUCGCAGAAUUUUCAUGUACGCGUUUUUCAUACGUUUGUUGUCCUAGCAAUUGAUAAAAAUGGAAAAUAUUCCGCGUACUCAUGAAGAUAUUGAGGCGCAAAUCUCGGAUAUACAAGCUAAGAAGACCGAAUUGGCCAAGACCAAUGCGGCGGCUGCCGGCGUCGGUUUGUUGGACAGCGGCGGAUUCUUUGACUCAGAUCUGUACGACGAUGAGGGGGCUGGUGGGAAGGGGAAGGGGGCAAAAGGUCGAUACGAGGGCUACAACACAUCGAUUGCAGCCAACGAUGAUGAGGGGGACGAGGAUGAAGAGGAGGAGGACGAUGGUUUCCCAGUGCCACAAAAGCGCACCACAUACACAGCGCCCACGUCCGUGCUGAAAGACGUGAUCCAAGGCAAGGAGGAUGUGGAUCCCAUGGCAGACCGACGACGUCCCACAAUCGCCGAUCGCGAGGAUGAGUAUAGACAGAAGCGUCGUCGCAUUAUCAUCUCCCCGGAUCGUGCCGAUCCCUUUGCCGAUGGCGGCAAAACACCGGAUGUGGGUUCCCGCACUUAUACGGAUAUUAUGCGCGAGCAAAUGCUCAAGGGGGAAGAGUCGGAGUUAAGGCGUCGCAUUAUGGAAAAGUCCAAGGACGGCACUCUGGUCAAGUCCGCGUCCUCGGCGAAUGGCGAGUCGGCGGCCAAGUCGGAAGGCGGACGCAAACGUGGACGUUGGGAUCAAACGGUCAGCGAGAGUUUCAUUCCCGCCAAAGUGGCAGCCACGCCCAGCAGCGCUGCCACUCCCACUUGGGAGGACAAAACUCCUGGGGAUCAUCGCUGGGAUGAGACGCCUGGUCACAAGGGAAGCGAGACUCCCGGAGCGACACCUGGACUCGGCACACGGAUCUGGGAUGCGACGCCGGCGCACGCGAUGACACCGGGCCAUGAGACGCCCGGACACGAGAAAUCCGCACGACGAAAUCGCUGGGAUGAGACACCAAAGACGGAGCGUGAGACGCCCGGACACAGUGGCUGGGCGGAGACGCCCAAACCGGAUCGCAGUGGCAGCGGCGCCAGCGGCGAGAGCAUCUCCAUUGAAUCCACACCAGGAGCAUCCAAGCGACGCUCCCGCUGGGAUGAGACACCUUCGAAUGCAACGCCGUCGAUAACGCCCAGUAAUUCCAAUGCCAUGACGCCCAGCAUGACGCCACAUGCCACGCCAGGACAUGCCACUCCCCUUUUGACACCCGGCGGCAGUACGCCCGUGGGCAUCAAGGCAAUGGCCAUGGCCACGCCUACACCGGGCGCCUUGGCGGCCAUGACGCCGGAACAACUGCAGGCCUAUCGCUGGGAGAAGGAGAUCGACGAGCGGAAUCGACCCUAUACGGAUGAGGAACUGGAUCAGAUCUUUCCGCCUGGCUACAAGAUACUGCCGCCACCAGCGGGCUAUGUUCCACUCCGCACACCCGGACGCAAGCUGAUGGCCACGCCCACUCCCAUCGCAGGCACACCCGCCGGCUUCUUCAUCCAGCUGGAGGAUAAGAAUGCCAAGUUUAUGGAUAAUCAGCCCAAGGGACAAAAUCUGCCGUUUAUGAAGCCGGAGGAUGCGCAAUACUUUGAUAAGCUACUCGUGGAUGUCAAUGAGGAUGCACUGUCGCCGGAGGAGCUGAAAGAGCGGAAGAUCAUGAAGUUGCUGUUGACCAUUAAGAAUGGUUCGCCACCAAUGCGCAAGUCCGCACUGCGUCAGAUGACGGACAAGGCACGUGAAUUUGGUGCCGGACCGCUUUUCAAUCAGAUCCUGCCGCUGCUUAUGUCACCCACGCUGGAGGAUCAGGAGCGUCAUUUGCUCGUGAAAGUCAUUGAUCGUGUGUUGUAUAAAUUGGAUGAUUUGGUGCGUCCAUUUGUGCACAAGAUAUUGGUGGUGAUUGAACCACUGCUGAUUGAUGAGGAUUACUAUGCUCGCAUUGAGGGCAGAGAGAUUAUAUCGAAUUUGGCCAAGGCAGCGGGUUUGGCCACCAUGAUCUCCACCAUGCGUCCGGACAUUGAUAAUAUCGAUGAGUAUGUGAGGAAUACAACAGCGCGUGCCUUUGCCGUGGUCGCAUCCGCCUUGGGAAUACCCUCAUUGUUGCCCUUCCUAAAAGCUGUGUGCAAGUCAAAGAAAUCCUGGCAAGCACGUCAUACAGGCAUUAAGAUUGUCCAACAGAUUGCCAUACUUAUGGGCUGUGCUAUAUUGCCACAUCUCAAGGCGCUGGUGGAGAUUAUCGAGCACGGUCUGGUGGAUGAGCAGCAGAAGGUGCGAACAAUUACAGCCUUGGCCAUUGCCGCCUUGGCGGAGGCAGCCACACCCUAUGGCAUUGAAUCCUUCGAUUCGGUAUUGAAACCCCUGUGGAAAGGCAUCCGUACACAUCGUGGCAAAGGAUUAGCCGCGUUCCUCAAGGCAAUUGGUUAUCUUAUACCGUUGAUGGAUGCAGAAUAUGCCAAUUAUUAUACCAGAGAGGUCAUGUUGAUACUCAUCAGAGAGUUUCAAUCUCCGGAUGAGGAGAUGAAGAAGAUUGUUCUGAAGGUGGUGAAACAAUGUUGUGCCACCGAUGGCGUGGAACCACAAUAUAUUAAAGAGGAGAUUCUGCCGCACUUUUUCAAGUUCUUUUGGAAUCAUCGCAUGGCGCUGGACAGACGCAACUAUCGCCAGCUGGUGGACACCACCGUGGAGAUAGCCAACAAAGUGGGCACCUCCGAGAUCAUCAAUCGUGUGGUGGAUGAUCUUAAGGAUGAGAAUGAACAGUAUCGUAAAAUGGUCAUGGAAACGGUGGAGAAGAUUAUGGGUAAUCUGGGUGCAGCGGAUAUUGAUUCGCGUCUUGAGGAGCAACUUAUCGAUGGCAUAUUGUAUGCCUUCCAGGAGCAGACCACCGAGGAUGUGGUCAUGUUGAAUGGCUUUGGCACCAUUGUCAAUCAGUUGGGCAAACGGGUGAAACCAUAUUUGCCACAGAUUUGUGGCACUAUCUUGUGGCGUCUGAAUAACAAAUCCGCCAAGGUGCGUCAACAGGCAGCGGACUUAAUCUCACGCAUUGCUGUCGUCAUGAAGACCUGUCAGGAGGAGAAGCUAAUGGGUCAUCUGGGUGUGGUGCUCUAUGAGUAUCUGGGUGAGGAAUAUCCCGAGGUGCUGGGCAGCAUUCUGGGUGCACUCAAAGCCAUUGUCAAUGUCAUUGGCAUGACCAAGAUGACGCCACCCAUUAAGGAUCUGCUGCCACGCCUAACGCCCAUCCUGAAGAAUCGACAUGAGAAAGUGCAGGAGAAUUGCAUUGAUUUGGUGGGACGCAUUGCGGAUCGUGGACCCGAAUAUGUUUCAGCCCGCGAAUGGAUGAGGAUAUGCUUUGAGCUGCUGGAGCUGCUAAAGGCACACAAAAAGGCAAUAAGGAGAGCCACAGUGAACACGUUUGGUUACAUAGCCAAGGCAAUUGGACCACACGAUGUGCUGGCCACACUUUUGAAUAAUCUGAAGGUGCAGGAGCGUCAGAAUCGUGUGUGCACCACAGUUGCCAUUGCCAUUGUGGCGGAGACAUGUCGUCCAUUCACUGUUCUUCCCGCUCUCAUGAACGAAUAUCGUGUGCCGGAGCUGAAUGUCCAGAAUGGUGUGCUGAAAUCCCUCUCCUUUCUCUUUGAAUACAUUGGCGAGAUGGGCAAGGAUUAUAUAUAUGCGGUGUGUCCACUGCUGGAGGAUGCACUCAUGGAUCGGGAUCUGGUGCAUCGUCAGACGGCCUGUUCGGCCAUCAAGCACAUGUCCUUGGGUGUCUACGGAUUUGGCUGCGAGGAUGCACUGACUCAUCUGCUCAAUUACGUGUGGCCGAAUAUCUUUGAGACGUCGCCACAUCUGGUGCAGGCCUUUAUGGACUCGGUGGAUGGACUGCGUGUCUCGUUGGGCUCCAUUAAAAUAUUACAGUACACGUUACAAGGUUUAUUUCAUCCCGCCAGAAAGGUACGGGAUGUCUACUGGAAGAUUUACAAUUCAUUAUAUAUUGGUGGCCAGGAUGCACUCAUUGCUGGCUAUCCGAGGAUCACCAAUGAUCCCAAAAAUCAAUACGAGCGAUACGAACUCGACUACAUGCUCUAAAUGGGACAUACAGAUUGUAAUCUACCAUUAUAAUUUUGAUAAGUUUGAGAAUACACAUACAAAUAUAACACCAAUUGUACAAAACCGA